AUGUCCUCCCAAAACACAGCUGUUACUGACGGUUUCACACCUCUGGCGGUGGCAUUACAACAGGGUCAUGAUCGUGUGGUAAACCUCCUGCUGGAAAAAGAUUCUCGUGGUAAAUGCCGCCUGCCUGCUUUACACAUUGCCGCCAAGAAAAAUGAUGUACAUGCUGCCAACUUGCUGCUGAACAAUACUGAGAUAAAUGUGGAUCACGCAUCAGCUAGUGGAUUUACGGCCCUGCAUAUUGCUGCGCAUUAUGGAAACGUGAAUAUAACAAAACUUUUGAUAGAAAGAAAUGCAAAUGUAAACUAUCAGGCAAAAAAUUAUAUAACACCAUUACAUGUAGCUGCUAAAUGGGGCAAAAAAGAAGUGGUUAACGAAUUGAUUCAAGCUGAUGCCGAGGUAAAUGCUCAAACUCGUGAUGGUCUAACACCUUUACACUGUGCGGCUCGUGCAGGUCAAACUGAUAGCGCAGAGUGCUUACUCAAACAUGGAGCAAAUUUAUGUUUGAAAACAAAGAACGAUUUAACUCCGUUGCACAUGGCUGCCCAAGGCGAUCAUGAACAAGUUGCUUGUUUGUUACUGCAGAAUGGAUCGAAUCCAGAUGACAUUACUAUCGACUACCUUACACCCUUACAUGUUGCAGCUCAUUGUGGGAGUCUGCAAGUGGCACGCACAUUACUGAAUUCGCACUGUAAUGUAAAUGCAAGAGCUUUGAAUGGUUUUACUGCACUUCACAUCGCUUGCAAAAAGUCGCGAGUAGAAAUGGCCUCAUUACUGCUAAAAUAUGGGGCUCUGCUAGGAGCUGCAACAGAGACUGGACUCACCCCAUUACACGUUUCUUCAUUUGUUGGAUGCAUACACAUUGUUUCUCUUCUUCUACAACGUGGUACGAACGUAAACCAAACAACUUUGCGCAACGAGACUGCACUUCAUUUGGCGGCAAGAAAUCGACAGGUUGAGGCACUGAAAGUACUUCUCGGGUAUCAGGCAAACUUAGACUAUCGUACAAGAGAUAACCAAACGGCGUUGCAUAAGUUAGUAGAACAUGGAGCUGAUCCAGAAAUGAAAACAAAGAAAGGAUUUACACCCUUACACUUAUCGGCGAAAAGUGGUUCAAUCAAAAUUACCGAACUAUUGCUGCAUAAGGCUAAAUCUGAUCCAAAUGCGACUGCUCGUAAUGGUUUUACGCCUGUGCACGUAGCGGCUUACUAUAAUAACAAGGAUGUAUUGAGCAAGCUGAUAGAAUGUGGGGGAGAUGUUAAUCGACCUGCUCGAAAUGGAUUUACACCACUCCAUUUAGCUGUUAAACGAAAUCAUUUAGACUCCGUUAUUUUGUUAGCAUCUAAAGGAGCUGCAGUUGGAAGAGGUUCAAGAAGUGGAUAUACUCCACUUCAUUUAGCGUCACAAGAUGGUCAAAUGGAGAUAAUCAAACAUCUUGUUGAAGAAUACAAAGCUGAGGUAAACUGUGCAGCUAAGGAUGGACUCACGCCAUUACAUUUGGCAGUACAGGAAGAUAAACCGUACACAUUCGGAUCAACUCCACUACAUUUGGCGGCACAACAGGGUCACCUUCAACUAGCUUUGAAAUUAAUUCAAAUGGGGGCAGAUCGAAACGCUCGAAAUAAGCAGGGAUGGACAGCAGCACAGUUGGCACAAAACAACAUUAUCUUAAUCUGUCUUGACUGGUCUUUACCGAAUGCAAAUUGGACGAAUGGUGAUGGUCACAUCGAUAGUGACUUGAAUUUACCCAAUGGCUCAAUAGAAUUAGAAAAAGAAGAACAUAUGACAGACCACAUAACUUCAGAUAGUGAAGAUGAAGGCGGAGACAGUGAUUUAACAGCGAUUCCAGGCACGCCAAUGCUGGAUGCUAAACCUAUUUCAGUUCGUCCGAAAACAUUGCACAUUCCUGAACAUCUUACAGCUGUGUCAAGAGAUAAUACCGUUCAUUCUAGUCUUCAUGAUGGCUUGAUAGAGGAACGUGUCAAACCAGUUAUCAAUGAAAAAAUCCACCAAGUAGUUGCAUCACAACAGCUGGCUAAACUACCAGUGACUACGCCUUCACCUGCUGCUCUUUCAGAGUGGGAUUUUGAUGUCGACAACGUUCAGUCAACAAGAAAGCCAGUUAAAUCAGGGUUCCUCAUAUCUUUUCUCGUUGAUGCUCGUGGUUGUCUAGUUGAAGCUCAGAGGAGACCUGACUUGAGAUUUCUUGUACCACCCAAUGCACCUACUGGGCCAUUGCGCAUAAUAUGCCGUCUACUGCGUCCACAGACUAUAAGUAAUCCCCCAAGUUUUAAUGAUGGUGACUGCUUAGCUUGCCGGAUUAUUGAAAUGAAUCCUUAUCACAUGCGUUUCACUUUGCCUAUUCUUAUUGAAGUGCCUCACAUAGCAUCAGUUAGAGGAAGAGAACGUGAAAUUGUAAUCAUUCGAAGUGAGACAGGAAACUCAUGGAAAGAGCAUACACUGGAAGCAACUGAGCAAGCUAUCCACGAUGCAUUAGGUGAUGCGUUUGAUCUCUCUGACUUGAACAGCUCAGUUCUCACGAAGCGUGUCCAUCGAAUUUUGACCUAUGACUUUCCUCAAUAUUUCGCUUUACUUUCAAGAUUUCGUCAGGAAGUAGCUUACAUAGGUUCAGAUGGUGGACUGAUUAGUUCAACUGUGGUACCACAAGUUCAAGCAGUAUUUCCACCUGGAUCACUACAGAAAAGGAUUAAAGUUGGCCUGCAAGCCCAACCUGUUCCUGCUGAUGUCGUAAAUCGAUUAACGGUAGGCCGCGUUUCCGUAUCUGCUGUCGUAAGCAUUGAACCAAGGCGACGCAAGUUUCACAAACCUAUCACACUGACAAUGCCAGUUCCAUGUUCUCUGACCAAAGUAAAUUCAGAUGCGAUAGGCACUACCUCUAAGAUUCGACUUCUGUGUAGUCUGUCUGGUGGAGAAAACCCACCAGUAUGGGAGGAUAUAACUGGCUCAACACCGAUGACAAUUCAUAAAGACUGUGUUUCCUUUACUACAACAGUUUCAGCGAGAUUAUGGUUGAUUGACUGUCCAGCUGGUAUGCCAGUAACGGAUCUCGCAACUCGAAUUUACAAUGAAAGUACUGAGCCCCAAUCUUGGGCAGAUUCAUCGUCUAUGCGCGCCAAGAUUCAGUCAAGACAUUCUUCUAAUGUACAAGACCUGAGUAGAAACAUCUCACGUAUUAGGCGUUCAGCAACCGAAUUUGCUCAGAUUAGAUGUUUGUGUCUAACGGAUGAUACUGAAGAUAAAACUUUGGAAUGUUUGGAAAAUUACUAUCAAAUCGCAACUGGACCAUUUGUAGAGAUCCAACAAAACAAGCCUAUCUGGAUUGAAAUGAUUGGAAACUUAGUGCCAGUAUUAAAAUCUGGGGAACAGUUGAAAUUUAUCAUCCGACCAUUUUAUGAGAAUCGAAUCACAUUCCCUGUUCGUCUGCGAGAGGUACCAGAUCGAGAACUGAAUUUAAAUAUGAUCACUGGGAAAAUCGCAUUUAUGCGUGAAUCACGUACCGUUCAAACCACUGAAGAUUCGGCUAACAUCCAAACUCAGCGUCCAAUUACCGUACUGGAAUUUAAACUACCUAGCCCAGAUCAAGCAAUGAUGUUAUCUACUAGAGUGAAGAAAAAAAGAACACCUGUUCAGCAUCAAUUGUAUGUGCAUACACUUAUGCUUAUAAACAUAACAUAUAUCACAGCACAAUAA